CUCCUCUCAGUCGGCUCAGUUGAGUUACGAGUUGCGUCCGGGUUCGCCGUACGUGCGAUAACGGGGGCGUCAAUCGGGCCGCGCGAUUGGGAGAGAAGAGAGGAUUCCUAGCCUCUCGUGCACACGUGUCACUCUCGCUCCCUCCUGCCGUUUGCUUCGCCGUCGAAGGUCUCUGUCGCUCCUUCCCCGAACACAGAGAGAGCGGCCCGUCCCUCCGAUUCGGCUCUGGGCAACAGGUUUGAAUUUAUGGGACAAUAAAGAGUGCCGGUGCGUAGUGCGCGCGUGUUUCCCUCUCGCUCGCUCGCAUUCCAGCUUUUUCUUCCACGCGGAACACGCGUUCCGUCGACGGAGAGGAGACAGCGAGCGCCGUGCCGGACUAUCAAACUCUCAUAAAACUGUCAGCCGCGGCCGGCCGGCCGGCUGACUUAUGCGCGACCCUUCUUGGUAGCGCGGCUUCCGACUCGCGCGCAGAUCUACGACCGUUCCCCCGUUCAAGGUCCGGGCUAGGUCCGCGAUGCGUCCGGAAGUGGGCCCAGUGUUCUCCGUAGAUCCCCGCGGUCCGUGAUCCAACGACGCGAACGCGGUCCAUCGACGUGCUCGUUCUUCCGACGUUCUUUCGACGAACUGUGUACCGCGUGCACAAGGCCACCAACGUCACCAGGGUGUCCCGAGACCGAUCGUCCGCGGUGUAUCGAGCGCCGAUCGAGAGGAUCGAGAAUCUCGGGGAACCACCUCUUCCUUCCUCGUUUCGUCGGCACGAGGGUGUACGCGGAAGGGGGCGCGUGCGCGCGUUGCCCCCUCGAGAGACGGCAAGCGGAAGACUACUUCUCGGUGACGUUCCGGCCAGAAGAUUGCUCAGAAGAGAGGAGAGGAGAGGAGCGGCGAAAGAGCGCGAUAAAGCGCGAGAGAGAGAAAGAAAGAGAGAGAGGGUUAGAGAGAGAGAGAAAUACCCUCGCCCCACCAUAGAGACCUCGGGGCUCCCGAAUAUCUCUCCAUUAGCCCCCCUGACGGUGCUAUCCCCUCUCUGUGACCCCUCGGAUAUCCCGUCUCGCUUGCACACCCCUCUCGUCGGCUCUUGUCACGUCGGGUAGCAGCGGGGCAACACCACCACACGAGCAAGCAACCGCGGCAGCGCCAGCAGCAGCAGCAGCAGCAGCACUAGCAUCACCAUCACCAUCACCAACAGCGGCAGCAGCCACAGCAGCAGCACCAGCACCAGCAGCCGGAGAACCGACGGAGACGCACGGCGAGGAACGGGGUUGAAGAAUCCUACGCCGCGGCGGAGAGACCAAUCAAGGUUUGACGAACGACGGGGAUUGGUCGAGGCGCUCUCCUCUGACACGCAGAGAGCGCGGGCACGUGACAAGCUACCGCACACACCGGGGCCUCCGUUGGAUCGCGGCGAGGCCUUCAGUACGAUACCAACCACCCUCCGCGCACGCAACAGGAACGGUGAACGGUGAACGCCGAGGCCGCGGCAAUACGUUUCACCCCCCUGAUGCGGUGAUAUCGGUCUCGCCACCCGGGAUAACGAGGGAUAUAGCGUGGAACAGCGGAUAUCCCAGUCCCGUUUUCACGAGGCCCGGCGUCGUCUCGAAGAUCCUCGGAUCCGGCAGACAGUUCUCGCGGCUCGGUCCCGCUUCUCGCGAUCCGCGUGCCCAGGAUCCUCUCUCGGGUCCAGCGGGAGGACACAAGUUCGGCUUCUGGUAACCGGUCGGUUGUUUCGUCAGUUUGGUCGCGCGUCGGUCACGGGUUCCGGGUGGACGAAUAAAUCAUCGUGGAACGAAGAGGAGAGGGAAGAAGAACUGUGUGCGCCACACAACGGGGUCUCGUCUUCAAUGGGGCGGCCCGAUAAGCCGGCUGUUACGCGCUACUGCACGCUGCCGGCCGCGAGUUCUCCGUAGGUAAUUGCGGCUCGUGAGGUCGUAAAGAAGCAGAAGACAGUUUUAUAGCCCAGGCCCACGUGGCCCUCGUAAACUCGGCUCGGCAUCGUCGGACUCUUCGCUCCGGCCUCUGCCCAGCGCCGUUUUGUUCGACCCCCUCGUUCAUUAUCGAGUCGUUUAGGGACGUGUUUAUCCGCGUGUAACCGUCCGCGAUAGAAGGUGCGAACGGGUUUCCUCGCCGCCUACUCAAACAAAGAGACAGAAAGAGAAAGAAAGAAAGAGAUAGAUAGAGGGAGAGAAAGAAAGAUAGAUAGGGUCUGGUGACCAGAGAGGUCCGUGUCCUCUUUUUUUCCGUCAGUGCUACCAGAGAGUGUGACAUGCCACCGUUGCCGCGAGGCCGCAGGAUGAUGCUACGACAGGAUGACGCUACGAUCUAGUACUUAACGAAGAACCGAAAGUGCGCGCGAUAAGAUCGUCUCCUGGAAGAACGGCCGAGGGGGACCGUGGACAGAGAAGCGAGAGAGGUGAAGGUGUUGUUCUCCGUGAAUGUCGAGCCGUGCACGUGCGGGGACCGGUAUCGGUAUAGAGUGAGGGUCGUUCAGAGCGAGCCAUGAGUUCCUAUCAGUUCGUCAACUCGCUGGCGUCGUGCUACGCGGGCCAGCAGCCGCAGCAGCAGCCGCGAACCACCGCGAACUCACCUGGCGAACCGAUGCAGGCCGCGUCGCCGGCGGGCGGCGACUAUUACAACCCUAACGCCGCGGCAACCAGCUACCCGACGCCCUGCUACUCGCCCCAGCAGCACUAUCCUCAGCACCCUUACGCGACGCCGGCGUCCGGGAUGCAGCACACGGCGCCUACAGGGAUGAUCGACUACACGCAGUUGCAGCCGCAGCCGAGGCUCAGUGCGACCACCACUUCCCAACAGCAUGGCCUGCACGCGCAACAACAAUCCCAGCACCAUCCACAGCCCCAUCAUCCCCAACAGCAGAUCCACCAGGACCCGACGACGCCGCUCCUGCAGGCCGCGUCCGCGCCAUCGGCGCCCUCCACGUCCAGCUGCAAGUACGCCGACUCCACGUCCUCCACCAGCGUCGCAUCGCCGCAGGAUCUGACCACGUCCACCUCCAGGAACAGUCCCACGCCUCUGGUCGCCCCCGGCACCAGCAAGGCCGCCUCCGGGCUCACCUCGCCCCCAGGAAGCUCCUCGAGGUCCUCGGUCGCGGCGACCGCGGCCUCGCCGCCCAGCGGAAGCUCCAGACCGGGCCCCGAGGGAACUUCCACCCUGACCACCGCGUCCUCCGCCUCCUCGCCGGCCUCCUCGACCUCCAGCACCUCCAGCACCGGCAACAACUCGUCGAACAAGUCCAACGCCACCGGUAGCAAUCCGCCGCAGAUUUACCCGUGGAUGAAGAGGGUGCACAUCGGCCAAAGCACGGUGAACGCAAACGGCGAGACGAAACGGCAGAGGACGUCGUACACCAGGUACCAGACCCUGGAGCUGGAGAAGGAGUUCCACUUCAACCGCUACCUGACGAGGCGGCGUCGGAUCGAGAUCGCGCACGCCCUCUGCCUGACGGAACGUCAGAUCAAGAUCUGGUUCCAGAAUCGGCGGAUGAAGUGGAAAAAGGAGCACAAGAUGGCGAGCAUGAACAUUGUACCGUACCACAUGUCGCCGUACGGCCACCCUUACCAGUUCGCGCCCCACCCAGGCCAGUUCGCUCACUUGGCCACAUAGGACGAGUUCUCGCCCGCCGAGCUCGGAGCACACGCUGUCCGGUUCCCGGGGAUGUACGGCGAGCAGAACUUCUAAACGGCUUCACCGACCUCGGCUGGGUCGGGCAUGACCCGCCCGAGCCGAGACCACUUCGCUUCCAGUAGGACGCGUGGCCAGACGCAGGAACCCUCGAUCCUUUCUCUGCCUCCCCUAUUUUCCUAUUCUUCGACACGCCAAGAUCUUGGCGGCUUCUCCCUUUUUAAAUCGAACAAUUCUGCCUUCUUUAUCCUGUCCUAGAUCGGCUGAAAAUUGUUCAAAUAUGGGGAUCAGUCGAUAUGUACAAACGCAGUUGGCUCUUCAAGUAUCUGCAAACACUUAGAAAUGAGAACCGAUUUACAAAUUGCUUCCGCGAAGCAUCGGACUUCCUGGCCGUUUCAAGGCUGUUUCUUUCACUUCGUUAUGCGCCUUUAAGUGAUCACCAGGUUUUCUUCAUAGUGCAAGAAGAACGAAUCCUCCACCAAACAUCGGAACUUUUUUCUUAAAUCGCAACAGACGGGAAAAAGCUAAAAAUUUCGUUCCUCGUUUAAUAAUUUAUGUACAUUCAAGGUUCUCUAUCCUCUUCCUACGUCUUAGAUCACCAAGAAAAGUCUUGUCGAAGCUGACCCGCGUUCUCGGCAUCUUCCCCAGGCAGCUUUAUCUCCGUCUACAUUAUACUUCCUCCCGAAGCAAUUAAACAAAUAAUUAAAGGAUCUUGCACAACCAACGAGAUCCCAUCUUCCUGAUGCUCUCUAUUCGUUCUGGAAGAUGAAAAAUAAGGCUCGCAGAGGCUGGCAUGUAUCCUCGGGAUCAUCGCGCGGGGCACACCAAGGAAUCCCAUUUUCUCUUCUGAACUAAUUAAAGAAAUAAUUAAACGAUCUUGCUGCUCGCCCAAGACGAUCCCAUCCUCUAUUAGUCCUUAGAACAUGAAAAAUAAGUCGCGCCGAGGUCUAUCCUGCGUUAACGAGAUCUAGCCCGUGGCCCCGUGACGGCUGGAAGCUGAAGGGAAGCCGAGAAUUGUCUGCAAGCACGCCGUGCGCCCGAUUAAAUGGACUGGACGCGCUCCGAGGUGCUCUCGCCGCUCGUAGAUUACAAAGUACCGAUGUUGAUAGCCGGCGAGCAGCCACCUCAGCGGGUGAGAUGAAACCGAAUCAUAGUAGUUUUAAGGCGUAGAAUUUAGCGGUCUGGGUAAUUAAUUAAUUCGGACGACUAAUUAAUUAAUUAUCUUAGCCCGCGCAAUGUUUCGCAUCCUCUGGGCUCACCUCCACUCCUCCCCCCCCCCCAUCCAAGGAAAACCGACUACGUUUCGCGGACGAGAGAAGGUCCGGCAGACGAUGCGCCCCGAUGUACUUACUUCCUUGUUCCCUCCUCCACUUUCCUCUUUCCUCUCUUCUUUCGCUCGUUCGUGGACGAAGAAAAAAAAAUAAUCAGAAGAGAACUGGCUCCCCGUUCGCGUUCGGGAGGAGGAUCGUACGCGGUCCGUUCCCUCGGCGGAGCGUCGUUUCUAUGUGCACGUUAAAGUCUCCACUACGUAGUCUGUAAGGUGCCUAUCAAUACUCGAUCUAUCCUCUGCCGUUCUUCGAUACCGAGGCUGCUGUGAACGUCCCUGCUCGUCCUCGCUCGAUCGGGCCCUCUGGGAGAACGUUCGCGAUCCGACGCUGUUCCUACGGAGUGAAAGAAACGAUCGGGAACGCACCCCGGUUCCUCAUCUUCCACCGUUCCUCUGCAAUUCGGCGAGCUCCGAACGCGCAGCGAGCUCGCAGCAAAGACUCUUUGUAAAUAAUCCGUGGUCCUCGAAGCAACCGGUUGCCACUGUUCGGAGGCAGACACGCUUUCGUCGACGAAUACCGAGCGAAAUAUCGAAGCCGCCCGAGCCUAGAAUCAUUGUAGCAGAGCAGCUGAAUACGUUCGCUCGCGAGAUCUUCAUUGAACUUUUACUAACGAACGUUCCGAACAGUGUUCAACAUGAAAAAAGAAAAAAACACGCAUCGUCGGUUGUACUCUAAGCGAUCUUGAUGACCGAAGGAGGAUCGUCUGUAUUAUAAACUCUCGUACUCUCUUACUUCAAAGACAAAAAAGUUCGUUGCAUCCUCGUCCGUUUAGAAGCGUCUUAGAGUCCCGAUCGACCGAGGCGGCUCGUUUUCCACGUUCAAAAAUCGUCGCGCCAGCGAAAUCAAGCGUCCCGUCGCCGUCGUCGUCGUCGCGCUAAAGUAUACGGGGAAUAGUCGUCUAGACGACGCGUUCCCAGUCGAAGCGAUAAUCGCGCGAGAAUGCGUAUAGCUCUCUGUAUAAAAAAUCGUGGGGACUUCUCGGGGUGGUUUUUGGAACGUUUGAGAACCGCUGUAGGUCGCGCACGCGCGUGCCGCUUCGCCGCGCAGUUGCACCGCGCAUCUGCCCGCGAUAGUUCGAACGGACUCGUUGAGACUUCGAGCGGAGCCUCGAGGAAGAGGACGAAGAGGACGAGGUUCGCCACCGGCGAGACGAUCGAGCGCGGGUGACGGCAGGUGUGUAAAUGAAUUUAGAUAGUGUGUUCGCGGCGCGAGGCGCGUCAAUUGGUUAUCUUGUGAUACGAAGUAACUGAUAAAUGAAACGGAACGAAGCUCUAGAGGCGGUCGGUUCCCGCGUUUAAAAAUGGCGUCCGGACCGCGCGGCACGCGAAGCAAAUUCGGAAGAAUACAGGGAUCUAAAACAAAAAAGUAUAUAAUUGAGAUAUCUAGUGUGAGAGAGUGGGAGCGCGAGAGAGACCGAGAGAAAGGGAGAGAGAGAAAGGGAUGGGAGUGAGAGAGAGAGAGAGAGAGAGAGAGAGAGAGAGAAAAAGAGUGACGAGAUAUCGCGAGGCGAAAGACGGACAAGGCGGAAAGAGAGAUUUUAAGGACUAGGCUAAUGUUGAAAAAUGUACAUAGCUAUUGAAUAUACGACAACACGAUAUUGAAUGACGUUAUUAUCGUGCGAGGCGCUAACGAACGAGCCCCGGCUUCCACGAAUUAUUUUUCUCGUUCUUCAGCCGACCGAUAAUGGGAAAUAGUGAAAAGAAAAAAAAAAUUGGAUUCGCUCGUUUCAUGUGUGAUAUGUCCGAUGCAAUUGAAGGAGAAUGCGUAGCUGUCGUCGCUCGUCUACGUUCGGCUGUUCCUUCGUUAACGCCUGGCACGCCUGUAGGGAUAUUUAAAUAAAAGAAUAGUGAGGAUUCUAAUUAUUAUUAUUAUAAUAUUAUUAUUAUUAUAUUAUUAUUAUUAAUAUUAUUACGAUGAUCAUUGAAAAAAAUUAUUGAUAUUAUCGCUAUUAUUCUAUUGAGAGUGAGCCUGUUGCUAAUGACUUGGUCCAGUGUUAAUAUUUGUAUUUUAUUUGUUUCGUUAUUAUUAUUAUUUUUUUUUGUUGUUCACGCCGCGUGUCGUAUACAACACGUUCCGUACCUAUGAAUGCGAAUUUCGGGUGUUUCCUUGUUCCAUUUGCGAGGGGAAUUAAUGAGAGACACGUUCACACACACCACACACACACCACACGCACACUUACAAACAAAACGCGCGCGCGCACGCAUACACAAGCACACACAUUACAUACGCGUGGUGGCGAUCGAGAUGUGCCGCGGACGAUUAUCCUUCGGUCUCGAUCGAUCGGAUCGACGGAGAACGGAUAGGGCCGGGUCUCUCAAUACGCGAAAUGAUGAAAAUAGCUGUUUUACUCGUCAGGUGCGAAGGAUGCGUUCUCCACUUUAAAUUAAGCUCAAGUAUUACGUUCGUGUAGCGUCAAACUCAAAUGUUACUUCAUUCCAUGUAAUAUACGUAAUAGUCUAACUAAAAUACCUACUUAUUACAUCUACGUAACCUAGAGCACCGUACGCGUAAGGUCGUAUAAUUAUAUAAUUUAAAUUGUAAUUAUUAAAUGGUAUGACGUACAGAAUCACA